UAUAGCACGGCGUUUGCACUUUUAUGGCUUCCGCCUUCGACACGUGAUUAAAAUAACAUGGCGGCGUGCACACAGAGGACAGGAGCGCUGGCACGUCUCAUACAAAACGUGCAGUUUCACCAUGAACGCAUGUUUUCAGUGUUCUCACUGCGGUUACAGGCUGCGGGUUCCGGCGACAAGCCGCCCACAUUCACCCCUCCUUCCAAACCGGUGAUCCUGGAUAAAUCGAAGCCUGAAGAAGCGGCGCGACGGUUCGUCAGCCCCGAGUUCAUUCCUCCUCGUCAGCGCACGGCUCCGCUGAAGUUCUUCCUCGAGCGCAAAGACAUGAUCCAGAGACGCAGAGUGCUGAAUAUUCCCGAGUUCUACGUGGGAAGCGUUUUGUCCGUCACUACGUCCGACCCGCACGCCUCCAACAACACCAACCGCUUCGUAGGAAUCUGCAUCCAGCGCUCGGGUAAAGGACUCGGCGCCACCUUCAUCCUCAGGAACAUCAUCGACGGACAAGGAGUGGAGAUCUGUUACGAGCUGUACAAUCCUCGCAUGAAGCACAUCGAGGUGCUGAAGCUGGAGAAGAGACUGGACGAUAACCUGAUGUACCUGAGAGACGCUCUGCCUGAAUACAGCACCUUCGCCUUCGACGUGAAGCCUGUUCACCUGUCGCCCACACAGGAAGUCCCCGUCAACGAGAUGAAGGUGAGGAUGAAGCCUCGUCCCUGGUCCAAGCGCUGGGAACGUCCCAAGUUCAACAUCAAGGGAAUACGCUUUGACCUGUGUCUGACCCCGGAGCAGAUGGAGCAUGCUCAGAAGUGGGCGGAGCCGUGGAGGCAGUACGACAUGCUGAAGGAGUACGACACGUCCACACUGGAGGAGAAGAUCUACCAGGAAGUGCAGGCGGAGCUCAGAAAGUGAACUGUGAGGAAUCCUAACACGGACUCGAACAUCCUGGACCUCGCCAUUCAUACACCUCUGUUUGUUUGUAUCUGUAAAGCGAAUAAAAAUGCAUUAGUGUCAUUAAAUCUAGCCUUUUGUAGACUUGCUGCUGCAGACAUUUCCAUAAUGCGCUAGGUUCAAGGAAGAAGCGCAAGCACAAAUAACGUGAAUCUGAAAAAGUUGUUUUUUCACGAGAAGACGCUAAUGCCUCUAGAAAGCUGGGACGUGGCUCGAGGCGAGACAGUGGAACUUAACAUGAGGAGUUUUUUCAGCGGUAAUAUAAAUGACUUUAUUUUUACGUCGAUUUCUGAAUAUAGAUUCUGCUAUGUAAUGAAACGUUAGUGCUAAUCCGCUUAGCAUCGUUAGCAUCGAAUUCGCAAAAAGAAAAGCAAACUUUGCAUGCUUUCUAUAAUCUUCACCUUUAAGAAUAAAACUGCUCUUUUAAAUGAAAACACAUUAAAACAGAUGAAUGGGCAGCA